GCUGGUCUCUGAGGUCAUCUGCUGAAGAACACCGCCAUCCCAGAAUACUCUUUCACAAGCACCUCAUCACCUGGAGCCGUUGUGUAGAUGAUCAACAGAGAAUCAGAAGGAGCUUUGGGCAGAAGAAAGUGGACGUGUGGAAUGAUGUUUUCUGGCGUUGAGAUCGACUGCGAGUGGACGAGCGGGCGCUAAUGACGGUCACAUACUCCCGGUGGGUGGCAGAUGCCCGGCUGGGCACGUUUUACCGUCUGCUGCUCAGAUGGAAGGGAAGCAUUUACAAGCUGUUGUACAGAGAGCUGCUCAUCUUCGCUCUGAUGUACUGCACCAUCAGCUUCACGUACAGGUGUGUGCUGGACGACGGACAGCGGAGGAGGUUUGAGAAGCUCUCCAUCUACUGCGAUCAGUACGCUCAGCUCAUCCCUGUCUCCUUCGUGCUGGGUUUCUAUGUGACUCUGGUGGUGUCUCGAUGGUGGGGUCAGUUCGAGAGCGUCCCGUGGCCCGACCGGCUGGCGGCGCUGGUCAGUGGGCAUGUGCGGGGGUCUGACGAAGGGUCCAGACUGGUCCGCAGAACUCUGGUGCGUUACGCAAACCUGUCAGGCGUUCUGAUCUAUCGCUCCAUCAGCACGGCCGUCUACAAGAGAUUCCCCACCAUGGACCACCUGCUACAGGCCGGUCUCAUGACUGCUGAAGAACUCAGACAGUUUGAGGAUUUACCUUCAGCUCAUAAUAAAUUCUGGAUUCCCUGUAUGUGGUUUGUCAGUCUGGCCAUGAGAGCUCGGACUGAAGGACGAAUCAAUAAUGAUGUCGCCAUGACGGCCAUACUCACUGAGUUAAACACACUUCGCUCUCAGUGUAUGAGACUGUAUGGAUAUGACUGGAUCAGUUUACCCCUCGUCUACACACAGGUGGUGACCGUUGCUGUCUACAGCUUCUUUCUGGCUUGUCUGAUUGGUCGGCAGUUUCUUGACCCCGCCCAGGGUUACCCAGGUCACAAUCUUGACUUCUACUUGCCCGUCUUCACCUUACUGCAGUUCUUCUUCUAUGUUGGCUGGCUGAAGGUUGCAGAGCAGCUUAUAAACCCCUUUGGAGAAGAUGAUGAUGAUUUUGAGACAAACUGGUUGGUGGAUCGUAAUUUACAGGUGUCUUUGCUGUCAGUGGAUGAGAUGUUUGAUCUGGUUCCUCACAUCGAACGAGACAAAUACUGGAACGAAUCUGAACCUCAGCCGCCUUACACAGCUGCCAGUGCUGAACACCGCAAACCAUCAUUUAUGGGAUCUGCUCUGGACAUCAGUGUUACCAAAGAGGAAAUGGAAUUCCAGCAGCCCAAUCUGGAGCAAAUUAAAGAAAACGAAGAAGCCAAUCAUUCCACUCCAUUUCUGGGCAGCUUGAGUCGUCUGCUGGGCGUUCAGUCCCCCAGUUACCCUCGCCCAUCGCCCUCGUCUCGUGUCUCUCUCCUGCGCCGUCGCCCCAGAGCUCCAUUCUCACGAUUCCCUCUUUACCUGCAUCCCGAAAGCCCAUCGAUGCCCGGGCGGAACAUAGCCGAGGACGCUUUCUCCUCCAUGCCGCUGUAUGAAAGACCGGGUUUCUACAGCUGUCCCCAGACACCCAUCCACUGCGUUCCCCCAGCUAUACCACGACCCAGACCUCGAAGAGUUCAGGGUGACUGUGCAGACAGCUCCACCUCCCUGACACAACAAGUCCCGGCUCCGCCCGAAACGCCCGGCCACCUGUCGCCGCCUCCUUCAUCUGCCUUCCCUUGGGUGAACGAAGACGCCGAACGUCCGGCUUUCUCCUUCCCUGAUCCGGUGCCGGAGCUGUGCCCUCCUGCCAAAUUACGCCUGGGGUUGUUGUCCCACCAUCCGCUGACCGGAGAGGGUCCGUCGGCCCCCUCGAGCGCUCGGGCAUCGGGGGCAUCAGUCUUUUCUUUCACCCCUUCAUCUUGGCCACAAACUGCCAGUUCAGGAAGCGUGAACGUCCCCACGGCAGCUAACAGCAACAACAACACCAACUCGUGCAACGGUGGCGUGAAUAACCCCUGGCCAAUCAGCAGAAGCAACACCGCCAACACAGCCAAUCCCAUCAGCACCACUCCCACAGACACUCAGCAGACAGCCAAUCAACACAACCCUCCCAAUGACUCUGGAAUCUCAUUGGCUGAGGGCGAUCUGCUGGCUAGGAUGAGAGAGAAAUGAAGCUUCAGUGGUCGACACAGACUUCACUCUGAUUGGUCAGUUGAGACAUUCAGAUGAUGACAUCAGUCAAGAAUCAAGGCGGCCGAACUCUGACUGUUUCAAAUGAAGAAACCAGAACAAAAAAAGAUGUCAUGUCACUCCUAAUCCCAUGACAGAAUAAAAUAUUCUUUUAUCAUUC